AAGGGAGGCAGAGAAAAACAUGUGGACAGAUACCAGCAGUGAUCCGGUUAGGGGUAGUGUGCAUUCUCCACACAUUUUGCUGGCGAGGUCUGAGGAGGAAGAGGUCAGACAAGAAUGAGAAGUGAAAGAGAGGAAGGCCGGGGAAGGGCGACUUUUCACAGUAAUGUGCAGAGACAGAUGAGCAGGGAUGCAUGUCAGUCACCACUGUCAUUAGGCUGACCCCCUCUGGCACUUCCUUGUUUAUUUAUUUAUGUUUUUCGUCACAUUGUCCACUGUGUUGGUGUGGCGUGGGAUUUUUUUUGUUUUUUUAUCCCUUCCGUUUCCCAAUCGUAAAUGAGACGUCUACAGAUCGGGUUGUGUUGAGCUUUAUUUAAAUCUCUUGAACGCAGCCUUCCAGCGUUCCCCCCUCUGUGCGCAUGCGCACAGCUGACACUCCGGUUAAUCCGCCUGGAGGAGAUUGCAUCCCCGUCCACUGCGCCCAGGCUAUCAGCGGGGAAGAUUUAAGCGAUGCAAAAUACGCCCAACGGGGAACCCGGAGUGGCGUAGCGGUGAAUGGAACCGUAACGGGGGGGAAUCUGCUGCCGUUAUGGGGCUUUUUUACACCGCGAGCGAGCCCGCAUUCGGGGUGACAAGCGGACCGGAGAGAUGUCUGCUCGAAUAAGACAGCGCUGGAAAUAUGAGAUGAACGCAGGCGGCGGUGGACCCGGCGGACGAUGACAUUUGGAAACCAAGCUGUCUUAAUUGGAUCGUCACCUCAUGUUUUCACGUCUCCUGAGUCUUGGCAUCGGUUCUCCUUCUGGCCUUUGGGUCCACGGACGCAGGGCACCUCUUUAAAGAAACCACACGUCGCAGUGAUGUUAAAGUGGGCUAAAAAGAAACGCCUUCGUGAGGACUGAUUGUUUUGCAAAGCUUUUAGAGACUCCAGAUAUAAUCUUUAUAGAUCUGGAUCAGCUCAUGUGCAUUAAAAAUGAACUUCUUCUUUUUUCCUCUAAAAGUCUUGAUUAAAAUGCAUGCUAAAUAAGUUUAUCUCCUCUGAUAGUGGUAGUUGGUCCCUUUAGCUGCUUCAUGUGAAGUGACUAGCAGUGGCAGGUUUGCUUGUCAGCACAAAUCUCUGCAGAAGUUGAUGAACUGCAUGGUCUCAGUGGGAAGAUCAGGCUGAAGUUACACUGCGGCUCUCAUGUCAUCUCCUGGUCUCCGAGUUGAGAGAUCUGUACCCUUCUGAUCAUUGUACUACAGUUCACAAAUUCACUCAAAUGUUUUUGUGAUUGUUAAAAAUCCUAGUCAUAAUCAAUGUGGCCUUUCAGGACUCUUAAUGACAUUUACCUCUGGAAGAAAUGUAGGAACCCCCACAGCAGCUGUUAAACUGACAUUGGAGACUUGCGUAUUUGCAUCCUUGUAGUUUUGCCAAAGCCUCUCCCAUGACAUGCAAAACAUUUAUUUUCCCCCGCUGUCCAUGUUGUAAAUAACUGGACAUUUGAUGGCAUUUUUUUUUGACCAGCAUCUGUAGUGCAGUUUAGUUAUUUUUGAACCCUCUGGAUCUUAAUGUCAAAGAGGGUUAGAAGAUGUUUGCUUCGCCUGCCAUGAAGUUGGAACCACAGCAAGCAGAGUUAUGCACUUGACCUUCUGCGUUCCCCCAUCCAAACAUGAACACCAGAGAAAAAAAGAUGCAAGCAUGAAACGGCAGGAGCUGGAGAGAUGUGACAGAAGGAGAAUGUGAGGAACUAUGUAUAGCAUUGUGGAAGACUUGUUCAUGGAGCAUUACAAGCACGAAAAGUGUAAAUAUAGAAAUUAAAAGCCUUAGUUUUUUUCUUAUGAAUACAGUUUAUAGGAUUUCCACAUUUUUAAAAAUCCUUUUCAUUUCUUAUCCCUGUGUUUGGAUUAUUUUUUUCUUGAGGGGUUUUUGCUACUUUGAGAUCCCUUGGAUUUCUGCAGCGACAUCAGUGGAUCCAUUAUCAGCUUUUGACUCUUGAGAAAACAAAAACAACAAAGUGAUCCUCUUAUCACUCGGAGGCAAAUCUAUCUCUGCGGUGAUGGGGAGCUCGGCCUCGUCUCUCGCUGCAGAGACGGAGUCGGACCAUGGCUUUCCCAGCACCCCUUUUUCCUCCUCACCCCCUGUGGGCUGGCUCAGGAACAGUCACAGCAGCCCCGUGUGGGGUGGUACCUUCAUCACACGACAGCAACACCCGCUGCCUCAUCGAGAGCGGAGCCACUCUCACUCUCCCGGCUCCAUGGCCGCAGCAGUCCGAAGCAGCGAGUGGUCCUGCGGACGCUGCACCUUCCUGAACGCCGGCGCGGCACCUCGCUGUUCCAUCUGCGAGGCGCCGCGCCAGAAACCCGAUCUCAACAAGAUCCUGCGGCUGAGUAGCGGCGAGGAGCAUCGAUGGGCGUGUCCCCGUUGUACGCUCAACAAUCCCCAGGAAUCUGGAGCCUGCUCCAUCUGCGGCUUUGGGCCAUCGUCUGACGCACGCAACCCCCCAAACACCAGUUUAGCUGUCACUCCAAAUGGGUUUCAACCUUCGUCUGAAGAACCUUCAGCACCUACCAUCACCAGCACGGUUUUACUGGAGCCUCAUGGACAGAAGCCAGCUAAAGAGGAAGGCCUAAGGCCACCCGAAAGCAAUGGAGAAGUGGGUGAUCUUGGGGGGCUGCACUCAGGUUGGGCUUGCCCACGAUGCACUCUCCACAACACCCCCAUGGCAAUGUCCUGCUCGGCAUGUGGAGGGCCCAGAAAACUGUCUUUGCCCAAGAUCCCCCCUGAAGCUCUUGUGGUGCCUGAGGUGCAUACGCCCGUUCAAGGGUUCCCGGUUCACACCGCCGGGUCGGCACCGCUGCUCAUCGACCUAACGGACGACUCUCCCCCUCCUUCCUCCUCUGACCCCCAAGAAUCCCCCCAGGGUUCUUCAAAGACCCUCUCAUCCCCGUUCACCCCCUUUUCUUCUCUACAGAACAACCCUGUACCCCGGAGUAGGAGAGAGGUCCCCCCGCCAGGGCGGCCUGCCGCAAACACUCCUAGCCCCACCUCCCCUUCAACAGCAGUUGUGCCCCCCCAGCCAGGCCCACAGCAGCCAUCCAAGCCCAAACACGCUCAGCCCCAGGAACCUUCGUACCCCAAAAAGCGCCUCAGCAUCUUGGAAGAAGAAGAAGGUCAACACCACCCUCAAUCCUCCUCAGCUGCGUCCACCUGGAAGUGCCCCAGCUGCUCCUUACCCAACCCAGGAAGUUCCUCCAAGUGCGAGGCCUGCCGAUCCUCUCGGGCUGGCUCUGACCUCAUUGACUUGGUAGGUGAGACGGUACGAUUCACCCCAGCGAGCCCCUCUAGCCCGGACUUCAGCACCUGGGCCUGCUCAAAGUGUACACUCCGCAAUCCUACUGGUGCACCCAAAUGUUCUGCUUGUGGUUCCUCCAAACUGCACGGCUUUCAGGAGCAGCAGCCUCUUCUCCCCCGCUGCUGUACCAACUGCGGCCUCCCAUCAGGUCCAGGCACCGCAUCAUGCUCCUGCACACCCUCCUCUGGUCAUAAAGCACGCAAACAGGCCCGGGGGUAUCCAUCCUCCUCUUCUGCUGUGGUCCCCUCUGGUUCUUCCGCCUUCUCCAGCCCGUCUAGCCUUCAGGAGAAAGUAGGACAGUGGAGCUGCCCAGCAUGCACUCUUCUCAAUGACAUUAAGGCCAAGAACUGUGCAGCAUGCCACACAGCCCAGCAGUACCUCACGCUCCGGAAGGUGGUGAAGCCCCUGAAGAGGAGGGAGAGUAUGCACGUGGAGGCUCGGCGACGAAACGAUGAAGGUGAAGCCAAGGAGCUUUGGGAGAACAUCGUCAGCUUCUGCAGAGAGAACUCUGUGAACUUUGUGGAUGACAGCUUUCCCCCGGGCCCUCGCUCUGUGGGUUUCCCAGAGGGGGACAGCGUCCAGCAGCGGAUCAAAAAGUGGCUGCGUCCCCACGAAAUCAACUGCAGCAACUUCAAAGACCGCAGCGUCAAGUGGUCGGUCUUCCGCACGCCAAGGCCCUCUGACAUCCUCCAAGGGCUGCUUGGAAACUGCUGGUUCCUGAGUGCGCUGGCGGUGUUAGCGGAGCGUCCAGAGCUGGUGGAGAGGGUGAUGAUCACCAGGACCAUUUGUCACGAGGGAGCCUACCAGAUUCGGCUGUGUAAGGAUGGAACGUGGACAACAGUGCUGGUGGAUGACAUGCUGCCCUGCGACGAAUAUGGAUACCUGCUCUUUUCCCAGGCCCAGAGGAAGCAGCUAUGGGUGGCCCUCAUCGAAAAGGCUCUUGCCAAACUCCACGGUUCCUACUUUGCCCUGCAGGCGGGGCGUGCCAUCGAGGGCCUGGCUACACUCACGGGGGCCCCCUGCGACUCCCUCAUGCUCCAGGUCAGCUCCACCAACCCCAGGGAGGAACCCAUCGAUACGGACCUGAUCUGGGCCAAGAUGCUUAGCUCCAAGGAGGCUGGGUUUCUGAUGGGGGCAUCAUGUGGAGGAGGCAACAUGAAGGUGGACGAUACCGUCUACGAGUCUUUGGGUCUGAGGCCGCGGCAUGCUUAUUCCAUCUUGGAUGUCCGAGAUGUCCAGGGUUACAGGUUGUUGCGCCUCAGAAAUCCGUGGGGGCGUUUCUCCUGGAACGGCAGCUGGUCAGACGAGUGGACAGACUGGCCGCAGCACCUUCGUCACGAGCUGAUGGCUCAUGGUAGCAGCGAAGGAGUUUUUUGGAUGGAAUACAGCGAUUUCAUCAAGUACUUUGACUCGGUAGACAUCUGUAAAAUCCACUCAGACUGGCAGGAGGUGAGGCUACAAGGCUGCUUCCCCAGCAAAGCCAGCGGACCAGUCACGGUCACGGCCCUGACUGUGCUGGAGAGGACGGCUCUGGAGUUUGCUCUCUUCCAGGAAGGAAGCAGGCGCUCCGACACAGCCGACAGCCACCUGCUGGACCUCUGCAUCAUGGUCUUCCGCGCCUCCUUCGGCAGCGGCAACAAGCUGACGCUGGGCCGCCUGUUGGCGCACAGCAAGAGAGCGGUGAAGAAGUUUGUCGGCUGCGAUGUCAUGCUGGAGCCGGGGGAGUACGCCGUUGUCUGCUGUGCCUUCAACCACUGGCAGAUGAAUGUCAGCGGGACGGGAGGCCCACCCACGCCCAUCUCCAGCCCAACCAGCGGAGCGGCACGGCGACCCACCCAGGACUUUCCUGGCUACAUCUUAGCCAUCUACAGUUCUCGACAAGUCAUGGUGGAACAGGUGGAGGCAACCGCCACCACCCUGGCCGACGCCAUCAUCCUGCUGACUGAGAACAAAGGAGAAAGACAUGAGGGCAGAGAGGGCAUGACCUGCUACUACCUGACCCACGGCUGGGCAGGCCUCAUCGUGGUGGUGGAGAACCGCCACCCCAAGUACUACCUCCACGUCUCCUGUGACUGCACUGACAGCUUCAAUGUGGUGUCCACACGCGGCAGCCUCAAGACCAUCGACAGCGUCCCGCCUUUGCACAGGCAGGUGCUGGUGGUGCUCUCCCAGCUGGAGGGAAACGCCGGCUUCUCCAUCACCCAUCGUCUGGCUCACCGCAAAGCGGCCCAGGCCUCCCUGGGUGACUGGACCCCCACCAAGGCCACGCACAGUCCCCAGCUGACCCCGGACAUCGAUGGCCUCCACAGACCCAGGCCCUUAUGACCCCUGACCCCCUGACACACAGACUGCAAAACAAUAAACUGUCAGACCACUGGAAGAUCAGGCAAGGGUAGAAAAGUGACGUGUUUUGGCUUUAUAUAUGAAUCAAAAGCAUUUUGGGGGGAUUAUUGUUUUUUUUUGUCAUCACGCACUCUGCUCCUCGCCAACUGGUUGUGCCAUGUCUGAGUGUUUGAGGAAAUUGGGCCAAUGAAGAAGUUCACACUACCCUCAGUCCUUCUAUAUGCUGAUAGCGCCGUUAGCGAAGCAGAUCUCAGUUUCAUGAAUCUGGAAGGCGAUCCAUUUGGCUAGCUUCCAACAAGAGGGCGUGCCGAAACUACUGAGUCAUCCGCAUAGUCACAGCCCAUGACUUAGCUACCCGACAAGAUGCAAACAGAGGAGAAACUUUCCAUACGGUACCUAGAGCCAAAAUUACUUACAAUAUUUCAUGUUUUUCUAUACAUAUGUUUAGCUUUUCCUGUUUUAUAUACAACCCUCAUCCAUAUUUUUAUUAGCUUGUAGACGAAGCCAUUGUCCAUACGGUGCAUCCUCUUCAUCACCUCAAUGCUGUUUAGCACACUAGCUCAGGACCAAACCCAUGUUGUUUUAAGUGUAGUUUAGUGCUAUAGCUGUGCGGUUCCCAGAUAGCUGGAUCCAUCAUCCUUCCUCUGACGUCUGCUGGUGUGAGCAGUGCCUCAUUCGCCUCCCCUUCACUGAGGAGUUUUAUCUCUACUUUUAAAAAAAGAAAAUUCUGGGCCAGAAUUCUGUUUCUUUCUGUGUAAAUGCGACCUCAUUUUACUCUCCGGCUAGUAUCCAUUCACCAGUAAAUCGGUUUUUGUGUACGACGUUUGCCACAGCAGGUUGUUUUUUUCGAUUUGACUGGUCAGGCACUACUUUUGUUUACUUGGGGGGGCAGCACUGCGCCGCCCUCCCGCAGGAGCACAUUGACAGCGUAUUAGCCACAACACAAAGUCCUCAUGCAAUGACAAAUUGCUGUUUUGUCAGGCUCGGUGCACACAUAACAGGAGGGACCAGACCCCUGAGACACGGACCGACACAUCGCUGUCUUCAUGUGUCGCGUGUGUGUUACUUCAGAGGAUGUGUUGCUUACAGCUGUUUUAUGUCAGUCAUUGUUUAAAGCGGCAGCAGUGUCAAAGCCAUUACUUCUGAUUCAGUCUUUACCAUGGCAACUAAAGGAUUAAUGCGGUACUAAAGUGAAUUGUGUGACUUCUUUUUUUUUUGCUGCAAACUUAAGUCUUACAUUGUUUAGAAAUGGGGGUAAAACUUGAAUCUUAAAAAGCUAAAAUCACUUUCUAAUGACACGAUUUUAAAUAAGCGGUUACAAAAAAAACAAAAAUCAUCUCAUGAUAAUUGAAGCUUUUACUAAUUUAUUUUUAAGAGCCGUAAAUCACUGUUUCCUCAGUGUUUACUUCUUGAAGCUGAAAUAUUGUAAAUAUGUUUUUCCAAAGAGACAUCCUGUGUAGUGAACAUGUUCAUAUGUCUGAGAGCUGUGAAAUUGACCUCUAAUUUAUUUGUACAAGUGAGUACAAGUUGUAGUUUUCUAAUUGCUGAGUACCUGAGCUCAUGAAUGACAGUUUAAGGAAUGUGACGCAGCGUGCAAACCUGCAACGAAAAGGCACCUGAGAUAUAAAUGUCGUGAACUCCAUUCUUCUGUUUGUUUAUUUUUACUGGCUCUGGUUAGGUUGGUGUCCCACAAAGAUGCCCCCUUUUUUUUUCUUUUUUGUUCUUGGUGGCUCUUCUGUGUUAGGGCGCCCCCUGCUGGAGAAAGCAGCAGCCAGAGUGGUUGGGAAUGCCUUUCUCCCCUCUCCUCAGUCCUGAUCCCUCUUUGUAAAUUGUACAGACUGCAAGCUAACACAAAAGAUUUAAGAGAAAACUUAAGGGGGAAAAAGGAAACAUCUGAUCCUUUGAAACUUGUAAUAAACAAACAUGGUAUGAUCAUAAAAACAACACAAAAAUAUAACCGAAUGCUAAAGAAAUUUAACUCUGACGAAUGUGAUGUUUUGUUGAUUUUUUUUCCUUUGGAAUGGGGGGAUUAUAUGUACAGAUGUCUAUGUUUGAUUUUCAAUCUCAGGUUCCAUUGGACCAAAUAAAUUUUUUAAAUUAAAAAGUA